AGCAACAAUUAUAAUCACUCGAAGUCAGUUAAGUGUUAUUUAUGCGGAUAUUGGUUCUAAAAGUGUUCAAAGUUUGAACUGGUCCAAUCAAUGAUUCAUCACUCCCCGACGGACAUCAGUGGAGGAUGGUUGGUCUAACGUCGCAUACACUGAAAGUAUCUGCAAGCUGAUUAUGGAUGCAAGACAAAUCCCCGUUCAGCAGUCCCCUGGCCGUGCUAGGAACCAGGGCUCACCUAGUCGUUCUGGGUACUACCAGCCUUCACCGAGUGGAUCUGGGCACCAGCAAUCUCCUCAAAGACAUCAGAAGAAUGGAGGAGAAAACAUUCCACUUGAACAAAUAGAUCAUGUAAACCCUGGAUUUGAGGAGGCGGAAGGACCAUGGGAUAACAAUAUCGACAACAAUGGUAAUGCUGAGCUUCGGCACCGCAAGCCGAACAUAUAUCGUCAAUCCAGUGCUCCCGAUGCCAAUGACCUCCUCAGUAUGAUGCCCAGUAGGCACAAGGAAAGAGGAUUGUCAAGAAAACAUGCCACAGCCAAUGACGACAUCCACAGGUCUGCCACACGGAAAAAACUCCAACGACAGAAUACCAUGUAUCAAACGUUACGUGGGAAGCCAGAUGAAGAUGUCCUCGACAGCAUCAUCCAGGAUAUCGGUACAGAUCCGAAGAUGACGGCAUCUGACGUCAAACGUGAUGACCACAUACGAAGCAUACCUACCAACCUGACAAACAGAAAGACAAUAAGACGGAGGGUGAGCAAUUUCGAUAGGACUGAAGUGUUAAAUGUAGCCAGGCCGGGAACGUUAAAGAGGGUGAAAUACAACAUGCAACUUGGCUUCAGAACUGUGCGUCUGGGGAUAAGAGAUACGCUGUACAGAUUUGAUCUCUGGCACUCACAUCUGCAUCUCAUUGAGGGGCACUUUGGCACAGGUGUGGUGUCGUAUUUUACAUUCCUGCGGACGCUGCUGUUUCUUAACAUCCCCGUGUUCCUCCUCUCCGUCUCGUUUAUCAUCAUUCCGCAGAUGCUCUACAGAUUCUACCAGCAAGACCCGACCGGAUAUGUCAGCAAUCAAAAUUUCACGGGAAGGGAGCUCCUCACUGGUGCCGGUUGGUUUGAGGCCACGGAAAUGUACUAUGGUUCUUACAUCAACGGUACGAUCAAUGUUUUCUCAGGCCACAGCAAUGGCAGUUGGCUAGGAUUAACAGGACUCUCGUAUGACAUGGCGUACGCCUACUUGCUCACGUCUGGUGGAUUCUAUCUGCUGUGUCUCCUAAUCUUGGCAAGAUCUUUGGCGCGGUCAUACAGGAAAAACUUCAUCGAAGCUAGUGGUGAGGUUGCGUAUCACUACAUGGGGAAGGUGCUGUGUGGAUGGGACUUCAGCAUCAACCAACCAAAUACUGCUAAACUCAAGCAUAAGGCCAUCUAUAAUGAACUUAAGGAAUAUCUCUCAAGCUCUCGCAAAGAGAAAAAGAAGAGGACAUGUGGACAAAUAUGUUGCCUCGUGUUUCUACGCACAGUCACUAAUCUGUUAGUGUUGGCGCUCAUAGGUGGCUCUGGCUACCUCAUCUGGUACAUAUCAAUCACCAGGUCAAUACAGAAUGACAUAGAUGUGUUGAGUGAAAUGGCGAUGCCUCUGUGUAUAUCUGCAUUUAACCUGAUCUUGCCUAUCGCGUUCAGCAUCAUUGGUGCAGUGGAGCAGUGGGAGAGACCAAAGGUGGAGCUGUACCUCACAAUGCUCAGAACGAUAAGUUUGAAGGGUGUCAACCUUGGUGUUCUCAUCUUCUUCUGGUACAAGAAUGUCAGCUGUACGACCCCUGAGGACAAGAGUCAAUAUACAAAAAAUAGCAGGUGUAUUGGCUGCUGGGAGACCUUUAUGGGUGAGGAAAUCUACCGCCUUGUCAUUGUCGAUUUCAUCGUGUCACUUCUGGUGACGUUUGUGGCCGAGUUUCUUCGGAGUGUGAUGGCAAAAGGCUGCUGUAAAUUACUUGGGAGUCCGGAAUUUGAGAUUGGAAGGAAUACGCUCAAUCUUAUUUACUCUCAGGCAUUGUGUUGGCUGGGUCAUUUCUACUGCCCCGUGCUGUCUUUCAUUCAAAUAAUUAAAUUAGUUGUGAUAUUCUAUGUGAAAAGGCUGAGCGUUAUGAUGAACUGUGUUCCUUCCCAGAAGCCAUGGCGUGCUGCACGAGCCCACACCAUUUUCCUGGGAUAUUUAUUUUGUGCUUAUUUCAUGAUGUGCUCCUCCUUGGCUGUUAGCAUUAUUUUAAUCAAACCGUCGGCUUCAUGUGGUCCAUUCCGGGGUCUUGAACGUCCGUAUGAUGUCAUCCUCGUCCUACUGGACCACGUCAAAGAGGAUCACAGCAUCAUAGAUGGCAUUCUUAGUUUCAUCUCUUCCCAAGGAUUCAUCGCCGCAUGUAUUGUAGCCCUCUGCAUUGGGGCCUACUACCUGAGGAUGCUGGGUAAGACGAGGUACCAGAUGAUUGGGCUGCUCAAGCACCAGGUCCAACUGGAAGGCAAGGAUAAGGUUUUCCUGCUGCGCAUGUAUCAGGAGAUUAGUAAGGAUAUCGGCGGGGGGCUCCCGUCGCACAAACCGUUAACUGUAUCGGAUGUCCAGAGGGACCCAUCACCUAACCCAAGGCGUCGUUUUGUCAAGACCGUCCUAAAAGAGAGCGAGGAGCAACGGGCUCAUUCUAGUAUGCUGAUCGCCGAUUUUAAGCAGGAAGCACGAGACACCCAUCUUCUAUCGACGAGCACCGUAGAUCUGACUGGGGGAUGCCAUUCACCGAGACUUUCACCAAAAAUUCAAAGAGGAGACAGAAUAACUUCUGUCGGUUCGACAGAUGAUAUCUCGAGAACUAUCGGCCUCGUAUCAGUGUCUGGUUCAUCUGAAAAUAUUUUACUGCCAAAAGGCAGGACUGGGGACUACGAGAAUAUAUGGGAGUUGAAACAAAAGCCGGUGGACUCUCAUCAUGCAGAGUCUUUGAAUGUUAGUUUUAUGAUGGUCGACGAAGCAAAAUUGAAAAAUCCUCUGUAUGAAGAUGAUGAUGUCGGGCCUGCCCCAAGGCCCAUGUCAGUUGUCGGGCAUCAGGUGUCGGUGGAAGCUCUCCCACCAGUGUCGGAUGAUCAUGCUAGUAGUCGUGCGUCUUUAAACGUUUCAAAGCCACCUCCUGGGCCAGCAACGUAUGAAGCGCCACGCGCCAGUGGUGUCGAUACCACCGACUUUGACCCUCUCCCUACAGAGCAGGUCAAAUCUCACCAUGAAUCAGAUGCCGACCCACUGGCCUAUCACCCCCAGUCAAGUCCAUCCCAAGACCCUGUUCCACCGGCUAGCUACGACCCCAGCGAGGCGAUUCCCCCAGAAAGACAUCUGAAGAAGAUGGCCUGGGACUCUGAUGUUGUGGGAGAAAGCUUACCUGGAGCAUAUCAUGAUGACCAAAAACACGACUCUGAUGCACGCCUUGAAAACGAAGAGAAUCGGCACAGUCAUGCGUCUGACAAUAGGGAAACGCAACCCAAGACUCUGGGUUCUGUGACCCAAGAAGAUGGUUCGUCUGCCAACUACGGUCCCCCGGUCAACUAUGUCGAACCACCCCCACCUCCGAUGUAUGACGCCCCUCUCCCGCCCAACAAGGGCUUGUCGUAUGGCCCACCUGAGAACUACGAGCCUCCACCACCACCCCCAGGGAAUUGAAUAUAUACAGUAGAACCUCUCUACUAAGGAUACCCACGGGACCGACAAGCGCUGUCCUUAAUAGGGAGGUGUCCUGAUUAGAGAGGUCAAAUUGAAUGGAAACAAUCAAUUUGGGACCAAAACUAGUGUUCUUAAUAGCGAGGUGUCUGCAAAGGGAGAAUCCAGUGUACAUGAAACAUUGGUUUCAAUUAUCUGCUUUAAAAUUAGUUUCUGCUGAAAGUAUAUUACUGCUAUUAAUUAUAGUUAUUUUAUUCAGUGAUUUGUAAUGUGGUUCAAACCGUUUUUAAGAAGUUCUUGUCAAAGUUAAGUAUUAACGUGGUUGUCACUAGCCUAUUGGCUAUUUGUCAAUAUUUGUAAAAAAAGACAUUCUGUAGAUCUCUAUCUAUAUAUUUGAUAUCUGCUCCUUAAUUAUUCUGAUUUGGUUCAAACCAUCUUUAACCUGCUCUUGUCAAAGUUUAGUAAGUGGUUGUAAUUGGAUUGAUUACAAUUACAUGUACAUCCAAAAUUGGGUGACGUUUUGUUCAAGAUUAUAUUUUGUGAAAUUGUCUGUUGCAUGCGCACACCCUGAAGAAUCCGUUUCCAGCGUGCCCUGAAAUAUGGUUUGCCUUCAAAAACUAAUUUUUUCUCUCCAAUUUUGUCUUUGAGCAUUCUCCAAACAACAGGCAAGAAAAUAUUUAAGACACAGGUCAACCAACCAGUGUUCAGCAUACAAUGUGAAUGUUAUUUUAUUACCAUACCAUAUGAAUUUUAUUUCAUUUUAUUUCACUCUCCAUAAAUAUACAUGAAAGUUUUUGUUUGAAAACUAGCCUGCUUGGCAAGAGCUGGAAUGCCGAUUUCUUUCUCAGUAUGCUGGGGUACCGAUUCUUCUCGGCGGUAAGCUUUAUUGCCGGCUUUAAAAACCGUAUGUUUUUCUUCUACCAUAACCGUGCACAUUUCCUUCUCAAAAUAACUGUUUCUACAUGUAUAUGUAUAUCCGUCCUGGUUUUACAACCUCCAGAUUCAAUAUGUAUAUAAUAGGUAUUUAACUGCUCUUAAGCUUUUUGGAAAAUAUUCAUAUCCAAGAAUGUAAUUAUAAAAAACUUUAUUCUUACGAAAUGAAGAUACAGUACAGUCCAAAUCACAAAUGACAUCCCUUAAAUCGCGUCAUUGGCUACCCAGCGCAUAGGUCGCGUAAUAUACGCGAAACAUAGAGAGAUAAGCGUGUCACUGCUGCAUCAUUUGUGCGCAACUCGCAUGCAAGUUGCGUGUCAUGUUAUUUGUGACUUUGACUGUAGUUCGAAAACGUAUGCAGUGUUUUCUAACAUGCUGUGUCAUGACCUUUGUCUUAUUAUUAACCAGAUUUGACACUCUGAAAAUAAAAACUGCUGAUUUUACUAUGCAAGAAAAUUUUAUUGCUUCAAUUUUCAACAAUUAUCGCUCCGAUGAGUAAUUAAAAGAUUGCUUAUCUGUCGAUAAAACAUAAUCGCU